AUGGAAGCGAAGGAAGAAGAGACAUGGAGGAGAGAGAUAGUAACAAGCGUGAUGAGGACAGUAAGCACGAGAUUGUCUCAGAAGGAUCUGAUCUCCCUCCUUCUCGUUAGUCCUUGGCUCUGUCACACCCUCGUCUCUUACCCUUCCAUCUGGCUGAACAUUGAUUUGCGUGAGAGGACCAAUGCAGGGGAUAGGCUUUUAGCUGCUCUGUACUUGAAUUUAUCUGAUGAGGGGCUUGCUCAUAUAGCUAAGUGCAUCAAGCUAGAGUUUCUGAACUUGACAUGGUAA